CUCUUACCUUCAGCCCAACCAACUCCAACCCUCGAGCUCAACGCCCUCUCCUAUCCCUCAAGAUGGAUUCCAGCAAGCAGCCCGUUAAGCUCGUCAAGGUGACCCGUGUCCUCGGUCGCACCGGAUCCCGUGGUGGUGUCACCCAGGUCCGCGUCGAGUUCAUGGACGACACCUCGCGCUCCAUCAUCCGCAACGUCAAGGGCCCAGUCCGCGUUGACGACAUCCUCUGCUUGCUCGAGUCCGAGCGCGAGGCCCGCCGUCUCCGUUAAAAUCCACCAAAACGAAAUUUCGCUCGCGUCAUCUAUUUUGUCUCUCUUCUUCUCUCGCAUAUCCCUUACGACCGGUUUUUCAUGAUUACUCUUCGGCCAAAAUCGAGUCCCCUGUUUUUCUUUCUUGCCGUACCUUCAACCUCCUAUCUUCCUCAGCCCUAAACCGCCGCGCUGCCCAAUCAUCCCCGCCUGCCGACUCUCAAGGGGCCGUUUCUACGAUUUCCGACGUUUCGACUGGAGGUAAUGGCUUGGGUGGAUUGACUUUUUGGUUUUUGUAACGCCAAAAGUCCCGGAAGGUCGAUUAUGGAGAAACGAUCGUGAGAGAGAGGAGCAGAGAGCCACAAAAAGAUAAUAGAAAGCCUUUUUUUUAUUGAUACGAGAAAACGAAAUCAAGUUCUUGCGCGAGGGCUGGUUUGUGGACUUGUGGCACGGUCUGGUCUGGUUUCGAUCUUGGUGUUUUACUACAUACACACGUCCAUUUAGGCGUGCUUGCAUGGGCUCAAUGCGACAAACGAGGUUGUGAUGUUGUUUCCUUUCUUUUCUUCCUCGUACCAGCUUUUUCCCCAUCACUGGUACUUAGAAAAGACAAA